AAAAGCCUUCCUUCUCCUUUUCGGUUUCAAGACUAUCUUAAGGCCAUAGAUCUCUGCAGCCUAGUUGGCCACUGGGUGCCACAUAGAAGAUGCCUGCUCCCACGAGAGGCCCUGCCUUGCUGUGGAUAGCUUUGCUGCUGUUCUCUCCAGAUGUCAUACUCACAGCCAUCCGGAAAUCCAUAAUAUCCUUGGACCCGCCAUGGAAUAGAAUAUUUAGAGGAGAGAGCGUGACCCUCAUUUGUGAUAGGAAACAGUCCUCUGAAGCCAACUCCAGUAAGUGGUUCUACAAUGAUACCCUUUUAGAAGUGACAUCUUCAAGGUUGGACAUUGUGAAUGCCACCACCCAGAACAGUGGAGAAUACAGGUGCCAGUACAAAAAUUUUGACCAGUCUGAACCUGUACACCUGGAAGUCUUCAGUGACUGGCUUCUCCUUCAGUCAUCUGCCGAGGUGGUAACAGUGGGUGAGCCUGUUUUCUUCAGGUGCCACGGUUGGAGGAAUCGGAAUGUCUUUAAAGUGGUUUACUACAGAAAUGGCAAAGCCCUCAAGUACUGGUACGAGAACCACAACAUCUCCAUCGCCCGUGCCAGUCUCACAGAUGGCGGCACCUACCAUUGUGAGGGUACCAUUUGGCGGCGACGCUAUGCCUCUGAUCCCUUCAACCUUACUGUAAAUGUUCCCUCAAAACUCCAUUGGAUACAAUUUUUUAUUCCAUUGCUGGUGAUGAUUCUAUUUAUUGUGGAUACAGGGUUGUUUAUCUCAACCCAGAAGCAGUUCACACUUUUCUUGAAGAAUAAGAGGACCAGGAAAGGCAAGUGGUGUCCUAAGCCAGACCUCAAAGAAAAAUGAUGUCACUGCUCAAGAAACAUUUGCAUCAGCAAUUUCUUUCUGUCAUAAGCAAUUGCUUCUCUAUUGUCAAAUACAGUUCACAAUAUACACAGAAAGGUCUGUGCUCAAAGGUUUACAAAGCUGCUUCAUCAAACCAACCAAAACUAGUUAAAAGGCAUGUAUUGGUGUUUAAUAAAAAAUGGUUGAAAAAAUAGAAGAAUUAAUAAAUUUAUGUAUUAGCCUCUGUUAAAAGAGAAGUACAGUUUGAAUAAAGUAAGUAUGAAACCAUGUAA